UCGUCUCCCGAGUUGGACGCUAUUUUAUCGUCGGUCCUUCCCAAGUACCUUCUCAGUGUCAGUCCGUCAAAAGUGUCAGUAAGCCAGUUCAGUGACCAAUUUCGGAUCCCGUUCGGGCAGUGAGAACGCGUGGUGCGAGUCGAGUAUCAUCACAUGCAUGCAGCGAGAGAUACCGUCGCUGUCGUUGUUUUCUACUUACUGUAUGUAGCUGAUAUGGCGGAUUAGUUAGUUGCUACUACUAGUGUGCUCAAGGGUAUAGCUGCUUUAUGCUGUCUAGAAUUUAAUUGAUGUGAGUCUGUUAUCGGAAACUACUCGGUUGCGUAGAGAAGAAAGUGGGUUGAUUUUUCGUUCAAGAGUAGUGUGUCUAUCGCUGGUCGAAAGGUGGAAAGGCGAGAAGUGUCGCAAGUACCUAGUGCGAGAUAGGCCGGCAACACCAGUGUGUACGCGGUUGAAAGCUUGUGUUUAAUCUUAGCGUACUGGAAGGCGAAUUGAUGGUGGAGAAGAGCUGCUGCAGCGAGGAGAGAGCGCUCUAGUUUGUAGUGGCUCAUUGUUAUGUGUGAUUGAUUUGAAAAAGGCGUGCGACACAUUGUGCCCCUUCACUUUUCGGUGGCCGAAGCCGAAGCAAAACGAAAUAUACAAAAACAGAAGAAAUCUAAUCCCGAGCUCGCAAAGUACAGUGCUUACAGAGGCGAACACAAAACGGUGCAAUGUCAACAGAGAUUUGACAUCGUUAAUGAAUCGGAGUUUUCAGUUUACGACUAUCGUCAACAACAACGAUGAGCUAAGCCGCCCAUCGACCCAUUAGAGUGCGAUGCCUCCAUUCUGCCCCACUCUGCUCUCACUCGUCUACUAAGAAAUCCCCCCCUACUCGAUCAUCGUUUGUUUUUCGGAACUAUUGCAAACAAGAAUCCAGCAAUUCCAGCCUCUUAUCUUCCCUGCCACUCUAGGAACAACUAUCUAAACGCUUUUGCACCCGUGAAGGAAAUACUGACACAGCUGGCCUCACUCACCGGGGGGAACAAGUUUUCCGAAUUAAACAUUUCCCGGCAAACCCGGCCUCUCUUCCUUCCAGAAGGAAGCCCGUAACACAUGUGCCACUUUUAGAGUGUCGCCAAAAUAACGAGAGUCGGAGUGUCGGAAAAAGGUGCGAGUUUCAACGAGAACGGGAAGCUGUAGUAGCAGCGGCGCAGUUUUCACGAUGAAGAUGAAGAUAAUGUAAUUGAAUUUUGCGGAACAGAGCGAACCAACCAUCGCCAAGUGGUGUUUGGCGUUUCGUCUUAAUUUUCGGACCGGAAAAUUAGAUCACGAAAUAAAAUCUCAGAAAGUUAAACUCAGGUGAAAAUUCAUUCACAAUGUCAAGUCGGUUGCGAGCGAUUAGUGCACAGGCAGUGUGUCUGUUGCUGCUUUUGUGUAGCACCCGUGCCGACAGCAGCUAUUAUGGGGGUGGCGGGGGAGUCAGCCCUGCGCCUCAUCUUCCAGCGAUACCAAAAGAUCCUCACUCGCGAUGCGAAGAAAUCACGAUACCGAUGUGCCGAGGCAUCGGCUACAACCUAACGUCGUUCCCGAACGAAAUGAAUCAUGAAACACAGGAAGAAGCUGGGCUAGAGGUUCAUCAGUUCUGGCCCUUGGUGGAAAUUAAGUGUUCACCGGACCUCAAGUUCUUCCUCUGCUCGAUGUACACGCCAAUCUGCAUCGAAGACUACCAUAAGCCACUGCCCGUUUGUCGGAGUGUUUGUGAAAGAGCACGGGCAGGCUGCGCCCCAAUCAUGCAGCAAUACAGCUUCAGCUGGCCGGAACGGAUGGCCUGCGAAAGCUUGCCGGUGUCCGGCGACAGCGAUAAUCUCUGCAUGGAGCAACCCAGUGAAGAAGACCACUCAUCGGGUGGCAGCGGAGGUUCCGGAGGUUCACACUCUAAACCUACUCGGAAAUCUCACGGAGGAUCCUCGGCAGGAGGUCCAUCCGGCCAAAACAACAAAUGCAAAGGCAAGAAUUCAAAAAACUGCCAAAAUCCCCCAGGGGAAAGAACAAAAGAGUGCAUGUGCCGGUGUCGGGAGCCACUGGUGACCCUGGGGAAGGAAAACCUACUGCACAACCAAAGUGUCGAAAGGGUCGGCGACGUCCAAAACUGCGCGAUCCCGUGUCGGGGAGCGUUCUACAGCCAGGAGGAAAAGGACUUCGCCGGGGUGUGGAUCGCGCUUUGGUCCGGCCUCUGCGGCAUAAGCACACUAAUGACACUCACCACAUUCCUCAUCGACACCGAAAGAAUCAAAUACCCUGAGCGGCCGAUCGUGUUCCUGUCGGCCUGUUACUUCAUCGUGUCCUGCGGCUACCUGAUGCGGCUGUUUCUGGGACACGAAGAAAUUGCGUGCGACGGCAAGGGUAUCAAGUACCCGUCGAUGGGCCAGAACUCCUGUACGAUGGUGUUCAUCAUGAUCUACUUCUUCGGAAUGGCUUCCUCGAUCUGGUGGGUGGUGCUAUCGUUCACCUGGUUUUUGGCCGCCGGACUCAAAUGGGGAAAUGAAGCCAUUUCCAAGCAUUCGCAGUACUUCCAUCUGGCCGCCUGGUUGAUCCCGACGGUUCAGAGCGUAUCGGUGCUGCUAAGGCCUGCCGUCGAUGGUGAUCCCAUUGCCGGUAUUUGCUACGUCGGAAAUACCUCAGUUGAAAACUUGAAGAACUUUGUUCUGGUACCACUGUUUGUGUACUUGGUUAUUGGUACGACCUUCUUGAUGGCCGGCUUUGUAUCACUGUUCAGAAUUCGAUCAGUAAUCAAACAGCAAGGUGGUAUUGGAGCAGGAUCGAAAGCAGACAAGCUGGAGAAGCUCAUGAUUCGGAUAGGAAUCUUCAGUGUGCUGUACACAGUCCCUGCAACGAUAGUUAUCGGGUGUCAUUUGUACGAGGCAAACUACAUGGAAGACUGGAUGACUGGGCUUACGUGUCCGUGCAAAGCAAUGACCGGAAUCCGACAGAAACCUCUCUACUCGGUCCUGAUGCUCAAAUACUUCAUGGCACUGGCGGUCGGAAUCACAUCCGGCGUGUGGAUUUGGUCCGGCAAGACGGUAGACUCGUGGAGGCGAUUAUGGAGAAGAUUGUUCGGUUCUCCGGACCCGACUGGAGCGGGUCAGGUAUUGAUCAAACCACGACCUCCACUACCGCAGCCAUACGCCACGUCCGGUAUCGGUGUUCCGGGAUCGGCGGCAGCUUCUCUUCUAGCCACUCCGUACACUCAAACCGUCGGAAGCGUGGCGUCCACUAGUCAUCAUCAUCUGCAUCACCAUGUUCUCAAGCAGACCCCGCUGAGUCACGUAUGACCUGGAGAUAUUGGCGGCGCCUCCACAGUCACUGCUGGAUCCGGAUCCGUUGUUGAUCCACGCGCCGUCUCGGUCGUCGUUACGCUACCCGGACCACAACCAGGCCAAGCCCUGAGCGACUACGGUCCGAUAUAGUUAACAGUGCGACCAGAUACGGCACGAUGGAUACCGAGCAGCAAUGCCAGCGAUCAGCUUUGACCCGAGAGCGCAUAAAAUGGGGAGGGUGUGUUGUACAAAAUCGUCAUGUAGAGUGUAGAGCAGAAUCCAUCUUCUCUGCGUAGAUGCGUGUAGAUGUGUCUGUGUUUUGUAUAGACAAAAGGAAACAAACCUUGUGUGAUGUAGAUGUCGUUGUUUCAUAGGCAUUAGCAUGUAAGUCGAGGCGCGAAAGUGUACACAUUUCUUUACAUCAACAAACAAACAACAAAUAAUACCUAGGUUAGAACAAAUGAAGUCGUGCCGGUCUUGUCGCACUACUCCCUCCCUAUCCGCCAUCCUCUCACUCUCUAUACAUCUAGAUAACAAAUGAUAACACAUCAGAAACUACUAUUUAACAAAAACGAAAACACUACUCUAUAGUACUAUACCAAGCUAAUCGCCAGGACACUUCCGCAAAGAAGCCCUACUUUAGUGAAAACGAGAAAUCAACGCUCCUUAACUUAAGUACGAUGAAGCAGCUCUCUUUCUAGUCCCAAAACGAAAAACACUCACUGACAGCGCGGAAGCAAUCUGCCUCUAACCGUUAUUGUGCGGUGAGUGCACGUAGAAACCUGGUCCAUCUACAAGCACUUUUUUUUAAACUGAAACUAUACCUACUUUGUAAAUGUGUAGAUGAACUACCCCUAAGAAAAGAUUGAAUGAGAACGAAAACAAAACCAGAAACGGAAGGCAUUUUUUACACCAACCCUGGUAAGAAGAACGCGCGAAAACUGCUUAAACGUCUUGUCUAGUCCUGCUUUUUGGACUUCAAGAGCUUAAAAAAUUUGAAAGGAAUAAUUCUAUCCGACCAAAUGUUGUGUGGUUUCCAGGACUCGAAAAGUACGCAGCCAACUCCAUGAUUAAAGUUUGAUAAAUAGCUUGAAAUAACGAUAUCUGUUUAUUCUUCAUGUUGACUGAGUUCAAUGAAUUUUGGAAAUUACAGGACUCCAAACCUGUGCCAAUCAACUAGCUUUUUUAUAGCGCACACCACUAGCAGUCAACAUUGUUCUAAUAACUGACCGAUUGAAUGAAGUAUUGGUUUGGAAAAAUGUCGAAAUUAAUCACCCGACCAUUUCUAAGGAUUUUAAAUGGAAAUUUUCAAUUUGAAAACGGAAUUUAAAUCUUCGUUUGCGACUUUUUUUUCAUAAUCCGUUAAAACUCUUUCCAAAAAUUUUAAGAAAAGUUCUAACAGGAACAGUACGCAGCCUAAAUUUCACAUGAUUAACCAACAACACAUUGCAUAAACAAAGGGGGUUAUCUGAGUGUGCAAUAAAUAACAAAGACUUUUUUUAGCUGCCUUUGUGUAUGCAAUAAAUCUAUGAAUUUUCAAUCAACACUAUUUUUUUAAGUAAGGCCAAUUAGAAAUGGAAAACCUUUUCAAUUUGUAUUUUUUAAUUGAAAACUUUUUCGGGUCGUGGAAUCUUCCCAACCGCUAAAAAAUCGAACGCUGCACAACAAAUAUUAAAAAAGAAAAAUGACAAUACCAGUAAGCGAAAUAAGAACGUGUAAAUGAAAGCAACUGAAAACAUGGAACUUCAGACUAGAAAAACUUACAAUCGAUAAAUCCCACUGUCAAGCAUCCAAAUCCGAGAGAAAUUUUUAAAACAACUUGCUUCACUCUGGCAAUGUUCGAUGAGGUGUUCAUCGUUAACAUCUGUGCAAAGUAACAUUCAAUUUGUGACCAAAAAAACUGCGUAAACUAUCCCCUAAAUCUGUUAAGAAACAAGUUAUCGUAAACAACGGUAGAACUAUUCAAAGAAAAAAGAAUAAACGGUGCAUUUUAUGAAACUUUUAUACGUAAUUAGAGUUAAUUUACCCAUACUUGUUCUUCGUCGUGGUUAAGCCGCAUUUGAAUAGGUCUGUCUGAAAAAAAAAUGCUUAAAAAGUUACAACGUGCUAGAUUUAAAUUGUGUCAGCGCAAAUAUUGGCUUAAGAUUUUAUGUGGCAACAAAAUAUUACGCUACUCUUUUUAUUUUAAGUUUAGCUGAAAAGCCUAAACUCAAAAGAAAUGCAAAUUUUUCUAAAACUUUGUUGACCAAAUUCUUUAAAUUCGUUCCAUUAAUUCCUUUCGAACAUUUUUUUGAAUUAUUGAAUUCACAUUCUGCUAUGGCUUUUAAGUCUAUUUGGAUUGUUUUCGUUGGCGUUCUUCUUUUUGAGUUAGUUCGGUUUUUAUAUCUUUCAUUUCCUUUCUUUUAUUGACUUUAAUUAGUUUCCGCUCAGCUACACUUCAGUUUUCCGUUGUUCCGGCUGUAGAAAUGUACAGUUGCUCGAUGCCUAACGCAUUCUGAUUGCCAUAUAUACACGUCAGGUUUAUUAAAGUGUUAUUUUUUGUUGAUUUUUAGAAUCGCUUAUCGUAUAGCAAAGGUAAUUUAAAAAAAACUCUAAUGAUAAAUAAACUUUUGUUUAUCCUGUAAAAAGUCUAACUUUAUUACUAUAGCAAGCUAUCAGAAAAAAAACGCAUGCAAACUUAGUAAUGGUAACACAGAAAUGAAACAUCCACUGAAAAGCUUCUGCAAUUUUGUUCAUAUCCAUAAAUAAUAACUUGAAUGAAGGUGGAAAACAGAAGCAAAACACACAUAUAUUACUUUAUUUUAGUGAGUAAGAUCUCCUAGGAAAGCCCCCCUUUUUACAUUAACCCGUGUGUACAUAUCAUAAUCCUAGCUCUUAAAAAGUGAACCGUGGAUCGAAAUCAAAAUUGUUUACCGUGUAGUUUUACUUUCGGAAAAAGUAAAUUGGUUUCGUUACUUGUGAGAAUGAGUUUUGAGCACCAAAAAUGCAUUUCUAUUCUAAAUCAAUCAGUUGGUUGCCAGUUUUAACUUCAUUUCUGCAAUGCUCCUAAUCGUUUUAAGCGUUCGGAAAAAGAGGCAAAUUUUGGGCAAUUUGGCCAAAGUCAGGCCGCAGUCAAGCAAAGCCCAAUGAACCGGGCAAAUUAUUUCAAAAUAGCAAAUCAAGAUCCGAAUAAAUUGCUUAAGGGAAAUACAAACAAGAGAUUACGGUGAAAAAUCGCAUUAAACUUUAACCGCAGCACAACUAUGUUUUGCUGUGCGAAAAAUACGAAACACUGAUUAUUCAAUUAGCGAGCGUGAUUGUAGUUUUUUGAUGAAGAAGUGAAGGAAAGAGCAGAAAAAACAGUUCCAGCAAACAACCGAGGGAAGAACUCCCCAAAAUAGCGCUAGAGAAGUUAGAGGAAACGACCAAAUCGCCAUAACGACUCUCCGAAAAUCAGAAAAUUGUUAAAUUGCCAGCAUAAAUUUGCUUCCAAAUUGUCAGUCUCGCUUGGAUUUCGCCUAUUCUCUCGUGUCGGAAAAAUAGGCUCGUAAAAUUAGUAUUCACAAAAAUUUACACACAGACUAACAUCAAAACAAUUGACCGAGAGUAGGGAGAGAAAAAAUAAACAAGUGGAAGAUAAAAGCUUGAGUUUCAGUUUGAAGCUAAAGCUCUCGACAGUAGAAUCCGCAAGCGGAAAAACUCUCCAUAGUCGAGUGUCAAAAACCAACAAACGAUGAUGAGCUGUAGCUUCAGAGCUGAAUUGUGAUUUCUAUUCCAACUCGAUGCUUUUUAUCCACAUUUCAACAAAAAAAAAUUUACACCAGCAAUUGAAACGAUUUUAAAAUCUUUCCAUCUUGCCCCCUUGUGGAUGAUAACCGGAGCACAAAUCAUCGUUCGAGAGGCCACCGUUUCCGAGAAUGCCUUCGCUUGACCGUUUCCGGUGGCUUCCCCCUGUCAUUUUCAAAUGCCGCGGGAAGGAAAAAAAAUUGCCACCCACCCGCUAGAGCAUUUCCAUCCAAUCAUUUGCCCGGAGCUGAAAAAUCUCAUCCCACUUUGGAAAUUUGUCCCGCUUUUCGAUUGCAAAUUAACCUCGAAUCAUCCAUUUGGAAGCACAUUCUAAGCGAAAUCACUUAACAUGAAACUACCCUUAACUACGCUAUGACUUGUUUGUGUUAUUUUUCCUAUGAAAAACUACUUACCCUGUACCAAAAAUCAUUCUCACCAAUAACGGAAUCAGUUAAAAAGAAAGAUUUUUUUUCGAAUCGAUAAAUUCAAACCCAACAAAACGGUACGUAUGUGUGUGAAUGAAAUCUGGUUUUAACAGAUGUAAUAGACUGUAUACGAAUAUUUUGAAUAAUGAUCAAAGCAAAAGAAAUCAUUAUUGUAAACCGUAUUUGAGCGUAUAAUAAAGAACAUAAUUAAUGGAUGAAACAACAAAACAAAAAAAACAACACAUAAAUUAAUCAUACCACCACCCCCAUUGGAACAGCAUUCAUUCAUUGGAAUAGAAUUCAAAUAUAUGAAGGAGAAAAAAAACCCAAUGUAACCAGUAGUGAGGAGAAGGUAAAAACAAUGAGAUAAUAACAUUUGUAAAAAUGGAAUUCAUUUUUAAUACUGCGACACAGUUUUAGAAAAAAAAACAUUUAAAAAAAAGUU